UGUGACCUUAGCAUAUAUUUAAAUAUGAAAUACAAUACAUGUAUUACUUGUGAAGUAAGAAACGACAGGAUACUUACAAAUGAUGAACUAGAGAUCGAAACAGGACAAAGUGUCUUAAAAGAAAAUUUAUCAGUAUUUGGACAGAAAAAUAUAUUAAAUAACAUUAAGGGUUGCUCAGAAUUUUACGAAAAGAUAAAUAAGAACAAGUCAGAUAGUAUGUGUUCUUACCGGAAAAAAUUGAAAUACGAAUAUAAUAAUGAAAAGGGUUUAAAGAGAUUAGAUUCUCAUUCUGAAAAAAAACUGUUUGAUGAAAUGGAUAAUAUAGAUAAAAUUUCACAACAUAUGAAUAGUAAAAAUGGCAAUUUAAAGAAAACCAUUUGGAAAGGAUAUGGUUUAAGUUUUAUUGUAUUUUUGCUAGUUAUAUUAUUUGGUGUAGCAAUACCUAUGGUGACAGUUUUUGCUGAGAAAGGUAGUAAAAAUAGAGCUGUUCCUUCUGGAAAUUUUAUUGAAGCCUGUGAUAUUUGUGGGGGUAUGGACAACAUAUUUCAUUCCUCAUAUAUUAUUAUGUACAUUCCAUUAAUUAUGGCAUUUUUUUCUUCUAUUCUAUAUAUAAAUUAUUAA